AUGGCAGCACCUCUUACGCAUUCCGGCCCGCAGAUAGCGCUGCUCGUGAUGCUUCUUGUGGAGGGGAGAGCAGGCGGGCGAAGAGUGGGUGGCCUUGGUGUUCUGCCCUUCGAAACCCGAAGUCCAGAUUCACUCGCCUGGACUUUCCUAUCACCGUUUAGCUCAGGCCAGCGGGUCUCGGCGCCGUCGAGGUCUUCUCCCUCGUUUCCUCGUGUGUCGAUUCGGGAUUCCAUUGUCGACGUGCUUCGUCUCACGCCCGAGUGUCUGCAAAGCAGAUUGGCCGGCGGUUCUUUCCAGCAACCCGUCAGGUACCACCUCUCCGCCUUGUCUGACCUGAGCUCCCGCGUCCGCAACGUGGGAUCUCCCUCCUCUGGUGAAACGCCCUCGCAGUCUUUGCCUCGAAUACAGCCAAAUCGAUGUCCAUCGUGUCGUAGUAUCGAGGUUGUUCCGGGUCGAAAGAUGGGCCUCGGCGACGGCGGGCCUACUCAGGUGUCUUCGACAUCCCGCCAGGCUCCCGGCAAGCGACGACAAUGUUCAGGACCCGAAAACGACCUCGCCAGCAAAGGGAGGACGUUCAGCAGUGCAGAGCGUCGGAAAAGUGCUCGUGAGCAUCUUCGCGGCCAAGACACCAUCGACCACAACAACGACAGUAAGAGAGAGAAAGGAACAGAAGAAGGGGAUAAGAAAGAGUCGACCGAGUUUCGAGAGGAGAUGAUGGAGAGGGCGUGUUGGCGAAUGGUGCUGUAUUACAUAGCAGAGGCUUUUAGGGGAGACGAAAAAUGCCUCACCUGGUGGUGGUAG